GACAAUCAAUACUCCGGGACACAUGUUGUCGGCACCAAUUAUUUUCUGUUCUUCAGUGUAGAGAAAUAUCUGUAGAUGAGAUCUGUAUAAUUAUAAAAUUCUAAGAGCUCAAACGCAAAAACUUACAUUACUUACAACAACAGUACCAAAAGAGGUUAAGAGCAACAGCCAAGCUAGUGAAAGUUGAUCGUAUCUGGUUAUUAUGGCUCCAGGUGAGGAUGGUGUAUUUAUUCAGAUAGAGAAGCUUGGCUGGAACUCCAGAAGAAUUCGUUCCAAAAUUGCUAUAAACUCCAGCCUCGAUACUAUUUGGAAUGUGUUGACUGAUUAUGAGAAACUGGCUGAUUUUAUCCCUGGCCUUGCUGUUAGCAAAUUACUUGACAAGAAACAUAAUGUCGCUCGUCUCUAUCAGGUUGGACAACAGAAUUUGCCAUUGGGGCUGAAAUUCAAUGCUAAGGCAAUUUUGGAUUCUUUUGAGAAAGAUGUUGAGAUUUUUGCUUCUGGGAAAAGGCGUAAUAUUGAGUUUAAGAUGACCGAAGGCGACUUCCAAUUUUUCGAUGGGAAGUGGUCUAUUGAGCAGGUUAUCAAACCAAGAUCUGAAGAGCGUGAUGUCUCGACUGGUCAAGAAUUUGAAACAACUCUUUCGUACUCCGUUGAUUUCAAGCCGAAGCUCUGGCUACCUAUUCAAUUAGUUGAAGGUAGACUCUACAGAGAUGUACAAACAAACCUCUCUUGCAUUCGGGAAGAAGCACAAAAGAUGACUAUGCACACUUAAUAGUGACUUUCCAAUAUAAUUCAAUCAUGCAACUUGCUUUAUUAUUUAUUUCAUUCAAGGUAUUAUGAUGUAAGUUGACAAUAGAACAAAUAAACCAAAUUAUCUAUCAUUUCCCACUGUUAGGGUUCUAAGGUACCAAUUUUAUAGGAGGCAUUGAACUCACAAUAUUAACAAAAUUUUAUUCAAUCCAUAUACUAUUUGAGCUAUCA